CGUGCUGCGAGCGCUCGCCGAUCGUCCAGGCCGGCGGCUGUGGCGCCGCGAGGGUAGGUGGGAUCGUGGCGGAAUUCCCUGUGCGGAGGCCGGAGCGAGAGCGCGUGAUGGCGGCUGCGGUGGCGGCGGCAUCCGGUGCCUGCGCCGUGGCGGCGAGGUGAGAGGCCGCCUCUUCUCCGCGACUGAGGAGGCCACAGCUGGCCGCCCGCCCUCCGCGCGGGCCGCGGCUCCGGCAUGGCCGGGAUCAUUAAGAAGCAGAUCCUGAAGCACCUGUCCCGGUUCACUAAGAAUCUUUCCCCGGACAAAAUCAACUUGAGCACCCUGAAAGGGGAGGGUCAACUGACCAAUUUGGAGCUGGAUGAAGAAGUUCUACAGAAUGUGCUGGAACUGCCUACAUGGUUAGCCAUCACUAGGGUCUACUGCAACAGGGCUUCUAUCCGGAUUCAGUGGACAAAGUUGAAGACGCACCCCAUUUGCUUGUGUCUGGAUAAGGUAGAGGUGGAGAUGAAGACGUGCGAGGAGCCUCGACCCCCCAAUGGACAGUCACCCAUUGCUCUUGCUUCAGGACAGAGUGAGUAUGGCUUUGCUGAGAAAGUGGUGGAGGGGAUGUUCAUCAUCGUUAAUUCCAUCACCAUCAAGAUUCACUCCAAGGCCUUCCAUGCUUCUUUUGAACUGUGGCAGCUCCAAGGCUAUAGUGUCAACCCCAGCUGGCAGCAGAGUGACCUUCGUCUGACACGCAUCACUGAUCCCCGCCGAGGAGAGGUUUUAACAUUUAAGGAAAUAACUUGGCAAACACUUCGAAUUGAAGCAGAUGCUACAGAUAAUGGUGAUCAGGACCCAGUCACCACCCCACUGAGGCUUAUUACCAACCAAGGCAGGAUCCAGAUAGCUCUCAAGAGAAGAACCAAAGAUUGCAAUGUGAUAGCCUCCAAGCUGAUGUUUCUGCUGGAUGACCUGCUCUGGGUACUGACUGACUCACAGCUCAAGGCUAUGAUGAAGUAUGCUGAGUCGCUGAGUGAAGCCAUGGAGAAGGCAGCCCAGCAAAGAAAGAGUUUGGCCCCUGAACCUGUCCAGAUUACUCCACCUGCACCCAGUGCCCAGCAGACAUGGGCCCAGGCAUUUGGUGGCAGCCAGGGCAACAGUAGCAGCAGCAGCAGCCGUCUCAGCCAGUACUUUGAGAAAUUUGACGUGAAAGAGUCCUCCUAUCAUCUCCUUAUCUCCCGCUUGGACCUUCAUAUUUGUGAUGACAGCCAAUCCCGAGAGCCAGGUGUCUCUGCAAAUAGACUCAUGGGCGGUGCCAUGCAGCUUACUUUCCGCAGGAUGGCAUUUGACUACUACCCCUUCCACUGGGCAGGUGAUAGCUGCAAACAUUGGGUACGGCACUGUGAGGCCAUGGAAACCCGAGGCCACUGGGCCCAGAAGCUGGUGAUGGAAUUUCAGAGUAAAAUGGAGAAGUGGCAUGAAGAGACAGGUCUGAAAUCACCCUGGCAUCUGGGGGUAGAUUCUUCCUUCCGGAAGAAGGCAGACUCAUUUUCUAGUCCUCGAAAGAACUCUCUUGAAAAAAAUCCUUCUCAGGGCAGACAGGCUGCCUUUGGACCUCCAGCAUGGAAUCGCUUACGCUCUAGCUGCAUGGUUGUGCGAGUGGAUGACCUGGAUAUCCACCAGGUUUCUACAGCUGGACAGCCCAGUAAGAAGCCAUCUACACUUCUUUCCUGCAGUCGCAAACUCCACAACCUCCCUACUCAGGUCUCUGCCAUUCAUGUUGAGUUCACAGAGUAUUACUUUCCAGAUAAUCAGGAGCUUCCAGUUCCCUGUCCCAAUCUCUACAUUCAGUUAAAUGGUCUGACAUUUACUGUGGAUCCUGUUAGUUUGCUCUGGGGAAACCUUUUCUGCCUAGAUUUAUACCGUAGCUUGGAGCAGUUCAAAGCUAUUUAUAAGCUGGAAGAUUCAAGACAGAAAAAUGAGCACUUGGACAUUCGACUGGAUGCCUUCCGGAUGAAGGUGAGCUUCCCACUGGAAAAGAGACAGCAGGCGGAGUUGCAUCGACCCCAAGCACUUGUCUUCUCUGCAUCAGGCAUAAUUGCCACUAACACACGUCAUGCCCCACACUGUAGCUGUCCAGACCUCCAGAGUCUCUUCCGGGGUUUUGCUGCUGCUGAGUUCUUUCAUUCUAAUUAUGACCACUUUCCUAAGGUUCCUGGUGGCUUUAGUCUUCUGCACAUGCUCUUUAUACAUCAUGCUUUCCAGAUGGAUUCCCAUUCUUCUCACCCUCCCCAAAAGCCUAAGGCUUCCCAAGACCUCUGGUCCAUCUACUUCACCCAGAUCUCCCUAGACUUUGAAGGAACAGAGAACUUCAAAGGCCAUACCUUGAAUUUUGUGGCCCCCUUCCCUUUGUCCAUUUGGGCCUGUCUGCCUCUCCGCUGGCAGCAAGCCCAGGCACAGAAGCUCCUUUUGGCCUCAGAGGGGAGGCUGAAACCAUCUGCUAGCUUUGGCAGCCCUGUCCUUUCUGAAGCCCUUGCCCCUGAAACUGUGCCUCAUCAGAGGUCAAAGACUGAGCAUGAUUUAAAAAGCCUGUCAGGUCUUCCAGAAGUCAUAGAGAUUAUCAGAGAAGGCCGUGGUGCUGUGGACAACAAAGGACCUCUGACAGAGUUGGAGGAUGUAGCAGAUGUUCACAUGCUUGUACACUCCCCUGCCCAUAUCUGUGUGAGGCUCGACCACUACCAGUACCUGGCCUUGCUCCGACUGAAGGAGGUGCUGCAGGGGCUUCAGGAGCAGCUGACUAAGGACACUGAGGCCAUGACUGGGUCUCCCCUACAGGACCAGACAGCUUGCAUUGGUGUCUUCUUUCCUAGUGCUGAGGUAGCACUGCUCAUGCAUCCUACCCCUGGGACUGUGGAUGGUGACUCUGCAGGUUCAGAUACCACUAGCCUCAUAGAUUCAGAGCUGUCUCCAUCAGAGGAUCAGGAACUAAAGUCUGAUGCCUCGUCAGACCAGGGCCCAGCAAGCCCUGAGAAGGUGCUUGAGAACAGUAACAUUGAAAAUGUUGGUGCAGCUCAGCCACAUAGUAAUGGAGAGCUGCAGGACUCAGAUCCACCUGCACAGCAACUGGCAAGAAAGGGCCAUGAGGCAGUAGAGUCCCUACAGGCUAAGCAGCUGAGCAGAGCCCAAGCCUCCACCUCACCAACUGUGUUGAAGUCUCCAGCUGGCAAGGUUCCUGCUGUAAACGGGCCAGGAGACCCCAUCCCUGUGAAGAACAUUGAGGGAGAAUUAUCGAGUGCUAUUCACAUGACCAAAGAUGCUACCAAGGAAGCUCUGCAUGCCACCAUGGACCUCACCAAGGAAGCGGUAUCCUUAACUAAGGAUGCCUUCAGUCUGGGAAGGGACCGAAUGACCUCCACAGUGCACAAGAUGUUGUCCUUGCCCCCUGCCAAGGAGCCUAUGGCCAAGACAGAUGAAGGAGUGGCAGCCCCAGUGAGUGGAGGUGCUGCCCGACUCCGAUUUUUCUCCAUGAAGAGGACAGUAUCUCAGCAGUCAUUUGAUGGCGUCUCAUUGGAUAGCAGUGGCCCUGAAGACAGGAUUUCAGUGGACAGUGAUGGCAGUGAUAGCUUUGUGAUGCUCUUGGAGUCUGAGUCUGGUCCAGAAUCUGGUCUACCAGGAUCUUUGCCAAGUGUCCUGAAUGAUGCUGGUGGUGACACGAGCCCUGUUAUAGAUAGUUGUGGCCAAGGGUCCCCAGCAGCCAACAGUUCAGUUUCACCCCCUGGCCACCUUGAUCUUCACCCGGUCUCAGUUUUGGUCUUGAAGGUGAAUGAAGUGUCUUUUGGGAUUGAGGUACGUGGUGAGGACCUGAAUGUAGCCUUGCAAGCAGAGGACCUAACCUUGCAGCAGCUGGGCACUGUAGGACUCUGGCAGUUUCUGCACGGACAAUGCCCAGGUGCAAGCUUCCAGGAAUCCUCAAAUUUGAAGACUGGCUCUCACAGCAGGCCAGCUGUGCGCCUUCGCUUCGAAGUGGGCCCUGGUGCAGCUGUUCACUCCCCGCUGGCCACGCAAAAUGGCUUCCUGAAUUUCUCCCUUCAGGGCUGUGACCUUGAGAUGCUCACUUCAGUGCUCAAUGGUCUGGGGCCCUUCUUGGAGGAUGAGGAAGUCCCAGUGGUGGUCCCCAUGCAAAUAGAGCUCCUGAACUCCAGUAUUACUCUAAAGGAUGAUAUCCCCCCAAUCUAUCCAACGUCUCCUGGCCCUGUCCCUAUCACAGUGGCCAUGGAGCACAUUGUGCUAAGGCGGAGUGAUGACGGUGUAUUCCACAUCAGUGGUGCUGCUCAGGAUAGACCAUUGGUAGAAAUUCCUAAAGGUGAAAAGAGCCAUUCUGCAAAAGAACAGGUGUUCCUCAUGCCCACAGAAGAGGUUUUUGGACAGCAGGUGAAAGAACUGCCUACCCUACAAAAAGAACUCACAGAAACUAAACAAGCAUUGGCCAGUGCCAACCAGGACAAAGAAAGACUUCUCCAGGAGAUUAGGAAAUAUAACCCCCUCUUUGAGCUCUGACAGCAGUGGGUCUGCCAUCUGUGCCAAGGAGAGAAGAGAUCACCAGCAAUAGCACCAUCUAGCACAGAGGGCUUUGUCUGUUGUGGGUGCCAGAGGGGCUGAGAGUGUGCACUUUAACUUGUUGUGUGCUUUCCACUCACUGUUCUAACAGGAUGGAUGAUAGGGCAAUGCAGGACCACAUCCUAGAAAAUAGGAGUAGCUUUAUAUGUGGCUCAGCAUCCUGUCUUGGCUGUAUAAGGCCUUUAGGUCCUCUGCAUACUAGGUGGAAUUUUCACAUGGUAGGGCCAUUUUAUCUUGUUUUGUAGUUGACAUCUUUGGUUCCCUUAAUGCCCCGUGAGAACAAAUGGCAGAAGCCAUUUCAGUGAUGCACACAGCCACCAGAUUCCAUGACAUAGAACUUCUGCAGCAGACCUGAAAAGUCUUUGGCCUGACUUUUAGCCAGGCUAGUGGAGGAGGACAGGAAAUAGCUAAGCAAAGGGGUGGGAACAGGAGGAGCACAGAAUAAGAGAUUGCUGGACUCUGCCUGGUUUGUAAUGGGAACCAGGCCCUUACUUGGCUGGUAUGCCAGUCAGGUAUUUCAGGUCAAGCUUCCAUUCUGUUGUAAUUUCAUCAUGAUGCUAUGGGAGAAAGUUAACGGUUGUGACUCAGCCAUAUCAUCUUUCCCUUCUGUAACAUAAUUUAUUUGAAAUUCAACUCAAGGAAAAAACAACUUAAUCUGAGGUGGCUGAAGGCAUAUUGUGGUAGGAUCAGUAGGGAGCUCAGUUCUGAGCUCCUACAAGUUAUGCCUACGUCCUCCACAGCUGUCCCUGAAAAGCCACUUCCUCUGUCUCCCUGGGUUCCUGGUCAUCUGCUUUCCCAGCACUGUGAUUUUUUUUUUUUGCCAGUGCUCACCUCAGCACUUGGUGGUUUGGGUGCUGUGUGUUUUAAACUUCCACAUAAACAUGUCAGCCUGUUGACUCUCAUUCCUGUUACUGUGGCUUUUUAAAAUCAUGUACUUUUAACUAAAGUAAAAACAAACCCCUUCUUCUAAUCUACAUUUUCUCCCUUGCCCUGUAAGAGUUGUUUCUCUUUCUUUCUUAGCUAACUUUCCAGACUCUUCUUUUACCCAUACUGCUUGUUGGUACACAGAAGUUCAUCAGCUAACUCACCUUGGGUUGGCAAGAUGACAAAACAAUAAGUUGAUGAUGUCAUUGAAGUCUUAAUUGUACAUGACCUUUUGAAAGAAAAAAAAAGUGUGAUUUUAUGAAAAAAAAUCAUGCUUGACUUGUAUACUUGGUUUUUGUUUUCUUUUUCUUUUUUUUUGAUGGUACUUGAGUUUGAACUCAGGGCCUCAUGCUUGCUAGCCAAGCAGUCUUCCAGUUGAGCCUCAUCCCCAGCUGUGUGUGCUCAUGUGUGUGUCUGAGAUAAAAGUCUUGCCAAGCAGCCCAGGCUGGCUUCAAACUUGAUAUUUUUCUGCCUCAGCCUCCCAAAGGUUGGGAUUAUAGGCAUGCACCACCAUGUCUAGCUAUCCUCUAGUUUUUUGGAGGUUAAAAAGAAACAUGCAUUUGUGAAGAGAUAGGUCUAAUUUAUUCAGACUUUUGUCAAGUCUGUUUACAAAGGCAACCUUUAAAACAUUUACUAUGGGAUUGUGGAAAUUUGUCAGGCUUAGGAAACAAAAUUAGACUUAGAAAAAAAUAAAACAUCUCUCUGGACGUUUCCUAAGAAUCUGUUCAUAGUUCAACUUUUAAGAUUCUUAAAAAAGUAAUAUUUUACAACAUCAUCAAAUAUCCCUAAAUCCCAAGCAAAUCAGAAGAGAUAAACAAGUCAAGAAAGGAACAACAUAAAGAUGAUAAAACAUGUAAGCUAAGAAAGGUCAGAAGCAGGACUAUGAAUACCCACAAAUGGAUGAGUGAGGUUCAGCAUAGCUAGUAGAUGGUAAUGUAUUUAUGGAAGAGUGGCCAACUACUAUGGCAGCAAGCUGUUAGAACUCAGGAAAGACCUGGAAGCUUUGUACAGAGGGAAGAGGGGUCAAUGUGCUGCUCCAGCCAAAAGUUUGACUGUCCUCUAGGAACCAACAGGCAGGGUACUCUGGACAACACAAGACAGCAUCUCAUGUAAAACCAGUACAUUUAAAUUACUGAUGUAUACCUAGUAACAUCAUCAAAUAUGUGGUAAAGGGACCAAAGGUCCAGAGAACAGCAAAAGAGAUCUGGAGGCAGAGGUAUUUUAUAUGUCUUUGAAAUAUAGCUGCUGUUCUGCAAAUAUGAAAGCUGACGGGAGUGUUUGUCAGGAAAAAGGACCCUAGAUCUAGGCUUUUAUCUCCCCACCUUGUGGAAAAGGAAGUACUUUAACAAAUCAGAAACUAGGAGUCUGUUGUCUAAAAAAGUAUUCUAGGAAACUGUACGUGGGUACGGGAAUUUUAAGAGGAAUAUUUGAAAUGAUGGCCUCCUAAGAGAAUUAAAACGAGUUGCUUGGUGAUACACAACCAAGAGGGCAAAUAUGUCCUCCAGUCUGCCUCUUAGUGCUUUUACAACCAACAUGUUGAACCGAUGGAUUGCUCAUCUUCUCAAUGUGACAUUUCUAAUAUUUUUACAGGAGGAAAGACAAGGGAUAGCCAUUAGCUGGAAAAUAGAAUUAUUCGACCUUGGGCUCGCCUGAGUUGAUUUAAAAUCACAUUCAAUUCUUUUCCUUUCUUGCCCGCCAUAUUCUACUUGUAUCCCUCCAUGCAAAGAAAGCACCUAAUAGGCAUUGCCUGGUAUGCCUUACCUUAAACUCAUAGAAAUCCAUCUGGUAGGUAUCAAGGAGACCCCUUAAUGGCCAAAGCUGUCGUUUCUGGUUCUCUGAACUUGAGUUCUUGUCUAUGCGACAUUGUGUCUUGAAAUCUUCCCUUUUGAAAUGUGGUAGGGUAGUAAAUAUCCCAUGGAUUUUAAUAAAAAAAAUCAUCUUGUAUAAUCUCAUAUUAUUACUCAUGGAGGGGAUUUUUUCACAAUGAAGAAUUAUGAAGUGGUAAUCUUCAGGUUAAGUGUAAAAUUGGAGACUAGAAUUAAAUAGUAGUAUACUCCCCUCUCCACAAUUGUUUUCUGCCUUGGAGCUGUAAGACUGAACAAGAAAUAACCAUACCUCAAGGAAACGUCUGGAGGAUAGCACUGCUACCUCUCCGAGCCUGUAGCCACUGCACAUUGUCAUUUCAGCUGUGAAGCAUUUACAGUGGCGUGCCAUCUAUGGUCAUUUGGAUUUUGUUUACAUGCAUGUACUGGUUAUGCUUUUGUGUGUAUGGACUAGAGUUAAAUCUAACUGGACAGAAGGCAUGGCUGUCAAUCUCAAAAUUCUUUUCAACUCACUGGAACAAUUAACCUAAGUCUCUGAUGUAAGAAAAAGUAGAUUCUGACAUGAUAGCUGCUUUUGACUUUGUAGUUCACUCCUUUUCCAUGGUUCUGAAAGAUAUGUAUUAUAGAUGAGGGAUAAAUUCUUUAACCCUCACAUACCUCUUCUUUUACUUAAAACUCAUUUAUGUAGUUACUGGUAGAAAGAAGGUAAUUGGAAGUAUUUCCGUAUGAGAACUUGGUUACAUUUACAUGCACAUGAAUGUAUUCAUGUAUGUAUGUCAAAUUGUGAAUUUUGGUACACAAGCUAGUAUGAUGACAUCUGGUUGACAACUGUAAAAGUGUUACUGUUCUGUGAUUUAUCACUUUUGGAGAGUCUGGUGAUGUACCAUCCUUUCAGAGAUGGGAGUUUUUGCAUAGCUGCUUCCUGACCUGCCAGAAUAGGAAUGUUGCAUUCACCUUGGUGCAGGUGUUGGUAGUAGCUAUCAUUCAAUGGGCGUUGGUCUCCCAUGGAACAAAAGGAGAUGCAUUGGUAUAAGCUUCAACACAGAUGCUUAAGUUUCCUCUCAUUUGGUUUGAGCCUUAUCCAGUACCCCCAAUUGCAGUAGGUGAAGUUCCCAUGAGUUAAGUUCCUAUUAUUGCUCAGAGAAUAUCUUUUUUUUUUUUUUUUUGUCAGUUUAUUAGUUUUGGUGAAGACUUAGCCUGAGUCUUACAGCAUUUCUUUGUGAAAUGCUCACUGAAGUGUCUUCUCCAUUGGCUAAGCCAAUAAAUUUUAAUGUAAAGAUACUAAAAAUCAGAUCUGUCCAACUUUGUAAGUCCAAGCUGUUUCCCCACUUGGGUGCUAAACAGAACUGGAAUUUUUUCUAAGACCUGCUCAGGAAGCUUUAAAAGAGAACAGUUUCAAAACAUUUCUAUGACACUGCAACAACAGAUGGGAAUGACUUCUGGAGGAUUGCCAAUUAUGUACAGUAGCCUUAUUACUGCUAACAACACUGUCAAUGAAAGGUCACUCCAUUUCCCUCUGUUUGAGGAAGCAAUGAGAAUGUAUGUAAUGAACUGGAAUCCUGGCCAGUAUUGGGAACCUUAAUGUUGCAAUAUCUAAUCAAACCCUGAGUGUACUGGUUCUGUGAACCACUUAAUAAAAGGCAAAUUAAAACUUAUUAAACAAUA